AUAGUGAUAUAUGAUUUUAUUAAUCGAAUCUAUAAUAUUUUUAAAUAUUUAAAAUGACACAAUUGACACAAAGGAUAUUUGUUACUGUUGGCACAACCAAAUUUGAUGAACUAAUCGAGACAGUGCUUAGCUCGGAAGUUUUAGAGGUAUUAUCGUCAAAAGGAUAUCAUGAAAUCAUCUUGCAAGUUGGCAGAACGUUAUUUGUACCAGAUUGUACCCCACGUUGUGGUUUUGUCAAUAUUGAAUAUUUCAAUUUAAGCGCAGAUAUAAUUAACUAUGUACAAAAUGCUGAUCUUAUUAUAAGUCACGCAGGAGCAGGAAGUAUUUUAGAUGCUUUAGAGUGUAGAAAAAAUUUAAUUGUAGUUGCAAAUGAAAAUUUAAUGGAUAAUCAUCAAUUAGAAUUAGCUGAGCAACUCUAUGAAGAUAAACAUUUGUACUAUUGUACUUGUAAAACUUUGUUAAACACUAUACAAACCAUGAAUUUUACUCAGUUAAAACCUUUUGUUAAUAAAAGGAGUAAACAUAUUGCCAAAUUUAUAGACCAAAUAAUGGGAUUUUUACCAUGAAAGAAAGUUUGAAAAAUAUUCCAAGAAAUAGUUUUUUAUUUCUUAUUUAUAAUAAACAAAAAUAUUUAAGAGGUUAA